UGGAAACUAGCCAACAUUGUACCAAUUCUAAAGAAAUGUCCUGCCUCAAAUGUGCAAAAUUAUCGCCCCAUUUCUUUGUUGUCAAAUAUUGGGAAAAUCUUUGAAAGGUGUGUUUUUAAUCGAGUUAUAAAUCAUAUUAGUAAUCAGUUACAUAACUUCCAACAUGGCUUCCUGAAAGGAAAAUCUUGUACUACCCAUCUGUUACAAGUAAUAGACGAAAUUGGAAGAAGUUUGGAUUGUGCAGAACAGACUGAUAUUAUAUAUCUUGACUUUGCAAAAGCAUUCGACAAAGUCAACCACUCCUUGUUAUUGGAUAAAAUCAGUGGCUUUGGAAUUGACGGUAAUUUGUUGAAAUGGUUUGGAAAUUAUCUAUCUGAUCGUCGUCAGCAGGUAACUAUCCCUGGAUCGACUUCGGGGGUUUUGCCGGUGCUCUCCGGUGUACCUCAGGGGUCGAUUUUGGGACCCCUCUUGUUCCUCAUGUUUAUCAAUGAUCUCCCUGACAGCGUUAUGGAGAAUUCGGAUGCAAAGAUGGUAUUGUUUGCCGAUGACUCUAAGAUUUAUAAAACUAUCAGGACUACAUCGGACUGUAUGGACUUGCAAACUAGCAUUGACCGAACAUCCAUAUGGAGCUGUGAAAAUAAAAUGCUUUUAAACAGUAAGAAAUGUACUAUAGUAAGUGUGAAUCGUAAAACUCAGCCUACUACAUUUUCUUAUUCUCUUGGGAGAUUACCUUUGGGAAAAACAAACUGUGAAAAAGACCUUGGGGUGUUAAUAAAAAGCGAUCUGAAGUGGGACGCGCAUGUUUUGUCAAUUUCAAAGAGGGCUAACAACGCUUUGGGGUACAUUAGAAGAGGGACAACAGGAUUCAAUGACGUUGAUACAAGGAAAGUACUCUACAUGGCGUUAGUAAGAAAUCAUUUAGUUCAUGCAUCGCAAGUUUGGGCUCCACAGUCAGUACAUCUAAUCAAGCAAUUGGAAUCUUUGCAGAGAAGAGCAACAAAGUAUAUUCUAUGCCUACCAUAUGAUACUACUAUUACAUACAAAGACCGGCUCUUAAAAUUAGAUCUUUUACCGAUGUCGUAUUGGCAUGAAUAUUUGGAUGUGUUGUAUUUGUAUAAGCUGGCAUCUGGCAUGCUUUCUUUAAAGUUGCAUGACUUCUUAAAAGUUAAACAACCAUUACGUGUAACGAGAAGAAGUAAUCCUUCAUCAGGUUUAAUGUUUGAUAUCCCAAAAGUACGUACAGUAACAUAUCAAUCUAGUUAUUUUAUUCGAACUGCUAGAAUUUGGAAUGAACUGCCAUCAUCCAUACGAUUAUUAGAAACUUUAUGUCAGUUUAAAAAUAGUCUAUUGAAAUACUACAAAGAUUGUCUAAAAACUAUUUAUGACACUGACAAUCCAAGAACUUGGAAAACUAUAUGUCCAAAAUGUCAUAACUGUUCUGUUUUAGUAAAGCAAUCACAGUGUUGCUGAUUUUAUUUUAUUUAUAUUUUAUAAUGGGCCACUGUUAUUGGGGUUUUUAACCCUGUUGUUGGUUCCUGACACUUUAAAGUAUUUAUGUGUGGUAUUUGUACGUUUGUAAUUUAAUUUUUCUUUUUGUCAUAUCGAAAUAAAAAUAAAAAAAUUUGCUAAUUGCAAAUUUGCCGCAAUUUUCAUCUCACUCCAAGAGCAGACGGACAAUAAUUCAAUACAAUGUUUCAACUUUUAGUCAAUUAUUUAGGGAUAGAUACGCGAGUGUUUUUCUUGAAAAACCUAUUAAAGAAUACAGAUUACUUGUCGAACGUAUUAAAUCUGCAAUACCUUGUUUUAACCAAUUGCACGACGACGAAAUUCGAAUUGCAUAUAAAGAUGUUCAUUCAGGAUGUUUCAUAAAUAUUCAUGCCAAUGUUGAUGAACAAUUUCACCUAACAGAUACAUUCAACAACGUAUUUACAGUUGGAGCAUACGAUAGAAUUAAUUUGAAAGUUUGUAGAAGUGAUUCACCAUCACAUAUUAGAAAGAAAUCGUUAAUUUGCGACGAUCUCAACGAACCUACGUUUUGUUCGAGUGUAAAUAACAAGGUGAGACCGAUUGCCGCUUUCACGGAAAAUGAUGAUACAAGUACGAGUACGUCUGCCCUUCCCAAACAACUUAAUUUUACAGCAGAUUUGUCCGAAUUUCAAGGGUGGAAAGAAAACAAUCGCAAUAACAAUUUGAAACAAUCCUUGUUACGCCCUUGUUUGCACGUCUUAUUUUACCUGUAAUUCUAUCGUAUGCUCCAACUGUAACAACGUUGAAAGUAUCUGUUAGGUGAAAUUGUUCAUCAACUUUUGCAUGAAUAUUUAUGAAACAUCCUGAUAUUUGCAUGAAUAUUUAUGAAACAUCCCUAUAUGCAAUUCAAAUUUCGUCGUCGUGCAAUUCGUUAAAACAAGGUAUUGCAGAUUUAACACAUUCGACAAGUAAUCUGUAUUCUUUAAUAGGUUUUUCAAGAAAAACACUUGUGUAUCUAUCCCUAAAUAAUUGACUAAAAGUUGUCCGUCUGCUCUUGGAGUGAGAUGAAAAUUGCGGCAAAUUUGCAAUUAGCAAAUAGCAAUUUACCUCGACAGUUGGAAAUUGCACGACACAAAUGUCAAUCAAAAUUGCAAAAUUGUAUAUCAUUAUAGCAAUGUUUAGGUCAAAAGUGAACCGGAUUUGACUGUAGUUUUUCGUCUUUUAUUUCGGUAUUUCAAUCUGUUGCGAAACUAAUGAAAUCAGUGGGAUAUUUUUAACCAGAAAUACACAUUAGAUCGCCCAAAACAUCACAUGUUUACAUCCUAGCGCUCGGAAAACAUCGGAAAUCGAUUCUAGAGGUCAAAUUACAUCUGCAGCGUGAUUUUCACGUGCAUGGGGCUACGGGAUACUCCUUAUUGGUCAAUUUUACAUGCAGCACGCGCGUGCGAGUAAAAACCCGAUAUACUAAAAAAUUCCAAAUAAACAUUUCUACUUGCCGUAUUCGAACGAAACUUUCUACAUAAAAGCGCUUGAAUACAAGGAAUAUUUCACUAAUAUUAACUUGUGGCGAAUUCUGAAAAGUUUAGAAAAUAUUCAACUUUUUCUCCAUAUGAAAAUACAAAAUGUUUGGCCAAGCGGUGAGUAAAUAUAUGAUUGUUUCAGUUUGUGUAUUUGUUUUGAUGGCAUUAGACCCCCCGAUGAAAAGCUUAUUUUGCUAGGAUUUCAAUGGUGUUCUUUGUUUUGAAGGGGGGUGAAUACGCGCUGAAAUAUUUACAUUAUAAAACAGUUGAAUCAAAAUGUUCCUUGCCGUGAAAAAUGUCGCUGGUCGAGAAAGAGUUAAUGUUCAACUCACAAUCCUCAAACAUUUUUUUCAUGGACAAUAUUUGAUCAUCGAAAGGUCUCUGCAUACUAGCUCUUCCAACAAGUCGUUUAACUGUACCUCCAAUGCCAUCACAGAGAGAUUUUCCAUGAUUGGUUGCAAAGAAUACCCACCUUGCAGUUAUAUCAAAAUCAAUGUAAUGAUGGCAAAGAUUUAUGAUGUUCUUAAAAUUUUUGUAUUAUCCAGCACAACCAUCUGAAAAAUAUAAUAAGUCCUUAACAUCAGGAAGCUUUCUUUUCAGAUAUUUUACAACUUCUUGUACUUUAUAAACAAUACAAGUGUUGUGUUCCAUGUCAUCAGAUAUCACAAAGAUAGAUUCACAAUGAAGUUUACCAUCCUUCAUGGGGUAUAGGGCACAACUGGGUCUAGGGUAAACCGAUUUUGUUCCAAUGAAAUCCUUGGAUUUCAUCCUGGAACAUAAACUGGUAAUUCUCUGCAAAGUCAAGCAAGGCAGUGCAUGAGGUUUCACUCCGGUUGUCUUUGAGGUUCUGCAAGUACCUGGCCUGACUCUUUGCUAUAAAAGAAUGUACAGUUAACUUACUGAUAGCAUUAACCAGAAGUUCAACAAAUUCUUGAACAGUUGUUGUUUGGGUACAUAACUUAACAUAGCUCUAUCAGUCCCCUGCCAUUGCUGGAAAGAAAUUUCUUCUAGUGUGUCAGCAAACAUUUUGUCUAAGUACUCUCUCAAAGCAUUUUCUCCUAGACAGUUUUAACAAUGAUGGAUCAUGCACAUCUUGCUGUUUAUAUUGCAGACAACCAUCGCCAUGAGAUCAUGAUAGUCUUUGUCAAUGUUUGCUCUGUGCACUAACAGUUGUGCAUUUUGAUGGCUGGUACAAACACAGUCCUCAGUCCCCGAGGAACCAACAGAAACACACCAGGCAGUCGGGCUGCAAAAUUUCAAAAAGGCCAACCUUUGCAUCUGGAUAUCUUUCUUUAAAUGCACUGUACAACUCCUUUAGUUUACAGAGGAGUAGUCUUCACUGUUUAUGUCAUUUCUUGAGACACUAACACAGUCAUUUUUACCUGGCAUAAGUCUUGAAAAUUCGUCAUCUUCAAAAAAGUUAAUAAGUGAUUUGGGGUCUUCCAGAAGUGUUUUGCCUUGUCUAGGAUUUGGUACUGAUAUAAUUCCCUUCUUUCAAUUUUCUAGCAGAACAAAUAGUAUAGUCGGGGACAAUGACCCAGGUGUAAGUGUCAAAAUUUGAAUUUUGGUUUUGUGAUCAGAUAUUUUGAGCUCAUCUCGUUCAAAUUUUGUUAUUUCAUAGUCUGUCAACAGUGGUGUAGUGGAGGGAGAGGGGGGGCUGAGCCAAAAUUAAAUUUAAUCACGUUGUUCAUGCGCCGUAGCAAAUUGGCUGUGAAAGUCCAAUAGUUCCCGUUUUGUCCGAUUUAAACUCUAUCCAGGGCCAUAGCAACCGGGGGAGCUGGGAUUGCUGCCCCCCUCCCCAAUAAUUUGCCAAUAAUCAUUCUUUUUUUCAAAAUCAUGCAGACCUUUAUCAUUUUAAUAAUAUACCUUUAAAACACUGACAAUUGAUUAAUUUUAAGUGGUUACAUUAUCCAUGACAAACUGCAAAGAAUGAAGAUAUUACCAUACCUUCCUGCAACUUAUCCAAUAUAUAAUUAAUUAAAUAUGCCUUCGCCCAUUUCGUACUAUUAAGUUGCAAAUUUCGACAUACUAAAACGCUGUUUUCUGACCAUCAGAAUUCUGUCAAAUUCCCCCAAAUUCCAGGAAAUGGCAUUUCAGAGACUCUAAAUUUAAAAAUUUCCUCGGGCCUGCGACCUCUUUCAGCCCCCCAAUCAAAAAGAGCUUCCUAUGGUAUUGCUAUCCAUAGCAUUUUCACUUUAUAUGCAUAAUACAGCUGUUAUUAAAGAGCUUUCCAGAAGAUAUUUCAAAAUAUAUGUUACAGUUUAUAAAUAUUAGGCUGUUAACAACAUGGAAAAUUUAGACCAGGAAUCCAAGUCACAGCCCAGCCAGAAAUUUUCUGAACCCCGCUUUCCCACUGGGCGAUAUUUAUUUUUUCAUGGCAAUUUUUUUCGCUAACCAAUCAUACCACUGAAUGUAGUUUUCACCUUGAAGGUACACCACCGCCUUUACAUCUUCAAAACGUAGUACAGAAACCUUGAAUUCCUUACUUUUUUGAGAUGCUCAAAAUAUUUUAUAUCACUAACAGCACUAUUCAUCACAGGCCUCUUCCUGCUGACGACGAUUCAAUUAAUCCAAUAACCAUCUCAGAUCUUGAGUUAACUGAAGAAGUUUGUUGUGUACUCAAAACUCUUGACGUAGACAAAGCCACUGGUCCUGACAAAAUUCUGACAAUAUUGCUAAAAACCUGUGCAGCUAACAUCAGGCCAUCUUUAUGCGAACUUUUCAACAAGAGUUUAUCUUGUGGAAAACUGCCGUUGGAGUGGAAGUUGUCUAAUAUCAGUCCAAUGCCAAAGAAAAGUCCUUUCCAUGAAGUCUGCAACUAUAGACCAAUAUCACUUUUGUCACUGGUCUCCAAGGUGUUUGAACAUUGCAUCUACAAUAGAAUUAUUGGCCACCUCUCAAGUCAACUUUAUGAUCUUCAAUACGGUUUUCAAAGCGGCAAGUCUACAACUGCCCAGAUGCUUUAUGUUGUUCACGAGAUUCGUAAUGUCUUAGAGAAAAGGGGCCAAGUUGACACUAUCUAUCUUGAUUUCGCGAAAGCAUUUGACAAAGUCAGCCAUGAUCUCUUUCUCAUGAAGCUUCACAAUUUUGGCAUCAGAGGAAAUCUUCUUCGCUGGUUCGGGGACUAUCUUUCUGGUCGAUUACAGAAGUCACUGUUCUUGGUGUAA